ACCUUAUUUGCUCAAUUUCAUAUUUUGUUCCAUUUUGAAACUUAAUCAUUUAUAUCUUGUCAUGGAUAUUAAGUCAACAAAUCAAGUUAACAAAGCUGGAAUAUUAUCUAGAAUGGGUGGUUUCUUCAAUGCUUUGGCUUUGAAGUUUAAGUCCAAGUUAAUGAAUGCAACAAAAAGUGUGAAAAAGAUUGGAAAAGAUGACCCUAGAAGAGUAAUCCACUCAUUGAAAGUUGGAGUUGCUCUUACAGUUGUGUCAUUGUUUUACUAUUCAAGGCCUCUUUAUAAUGGCUUUGGAGUUGCUGGAAUGUGGGCUGUUCUUACUGUCGUUGUAGUUUUCGAAUUUACUGUUGGUGCAACCCUUAGCAAAAGUUUGAAUAGAGGAUGUGCUACAUUAGUAGCAGGUGCUUUAGGGGUUGGAGGGCAUCACUUGGCCACUGCUGUUGGAGAAAAAGGAGAAGCUAUUGUCCUUGGUGCCCUUGUCUUCAUUCUAGCUGCAAUUGCAACAUUUUUAAGAUUUGUUCCAAAGAUCAAGGCAAGAUAUGAUUAUGGGAUGGUGAUAUUUAUAUUGACAUUCUGUUUGGUUAGCGUGUCGGGGUAUAGAGUGGAGGAACUUGUUGAGCUUGCACAUCAGAGACUUUCAACAAUUAUAAUUGGAGCUGCAGCUUGCAUGCUUAUCUCCAUAUUUGUAUGUCCAGUUUGGGCAGGUCUAGACCUUCAUAACUUGGUUGCUUCCAACAUAGAAAAACUAGCAAAUUACCUUGAAGGUUUUGAAGGUGAAUAUUUUCACUCAUCAGAAGAUAAAGAAAAAUCUAAGUCACUUCUACAAGGAUAUAAAAGUGUUCUCAACUCCAAAGCAAUUGAAGAAUCUUUGGCAAAUUUUGCAAGGUGGGAACCAGGUCAUGGCGGUUUCAGUCUUCGUCAUCCUUGGAUGCAAUACUUGAAAAUCGGAGUACUUGCUCGCGAAUGCGCAUACAAGAUUGAAACCCUCAACACAUAUCUUAACCCUGAAAUCCAAACUUGUUUGGAAUUCAAGUGCAAAAUUCAAGAAGAAUGCACAAAGAUGAGUUCAGAAUCCAACAAAGCAUUGAAAGCAAUAUCAUCAUCAAUGAAAACAAUGACACACCCAUCAUCAGCUAAAAGCCACAUAGAAAAUUCAAAAAUCGCAAUUGAGGAACUCAAAGUUGUACUAGAAGACAUUUCCUUAGAGGAUGUAGAGCUCUUAGCUAUAAUACCAGUUGCCACAGUUGCUGCAAUACUUGAAGAAAUCACUAUUUCAGUUGAGAAAAUCUAUGAUUCAGUUUCUGAGCUUUCUCAUUUGGCACACUUCAAGAAUGUAGAAUCCAAUGUCUCACCAGAAAAGCCACCACUACUUCAUAGAGGAAUCAUAAAACCUGUCGAGGACAUUGAUAACGCGCCACAUGUUGCAAUCGUGAUCCAAGAUUUAUGUACAGACUCUCCGAAAAAAGCUAGAAAAGAAACCACUGAAAUCCUUCAAACAAUAACUAUAAAUUAAAAUAGUUGUCACUAUAACAUGAUAUUAGGUAGUAAUUUAACUUGACAUGAAAUCAAGAUGUCUAGAGUAACAAUUUUCAUGCAUUCACGCAACUAGUAACCAUGACGUGUUCGUUGGAUUAAGAUUCGAACGACUCUGAUUUUAAGUUUGACGGUAACUUUAUAAACAAACUUGAAAUCAGAGUCAUUUAGUCUUUAUCCAACAACUCCGAGUUGCUUAUUUUGCAAAUGUAUGAAAAUUGUUACCAAAAACAAUUCAUAUUUCAGUUAAGUUUAUUAUUACUUAGUUGAGUAAAUAGUUGCCAACCUUAUUUGACAAAUUGUAAAAUUAAGGUGAGAAUCUUUUUCAUAUUCUUACCUUAAUUUAAUUUCUUCAUUACUUUUGUUGUUGUUAUGUUCUACGGAAAAGCUUU